CUCAACACACAGGAGAAACAAAUUAGAAAGAUCAGAAAGUGUUGGAGGGUUCCGGAGUCUUUGAUCACCGUGGCAGCAAACCUGUAAGUUCUGUAAACCCUAACCCUAGAAAUCUCUUGUCUUUUGGAACAACUAAUUAUGAGUUUGUUCUAAACCCUAACAUUUGCGAAUUCCAAAAUUUCAUACCUAAAAACGUCCAAUUAUUAAGCUCUGGGUUGGUAUAGCAUCUGACAACAAGACUUAGUUUUUUUCUGUAAAUCUAUACAGAGAAAGAGAUAGAAUGUUAGGUGGGUUAUAUGGGGAUUUACCGCCCCCUUCUUCAGCUGAUGAAGAAAAAAGCAAAAACAACACCAGCAGUAACUCUGCUGUGUGGUCCAGUAGUUCAAAAUUUGCACCGGCUGCAUUACGGAAACAAUCAGCAUCACUUUUUACACCACCUCAAUCGGUUAUGAGAUCACAACAGUCACAGAUGAAACCCAAAACUAAGAAUUUGUCACAAACGCCAAAGCCUGUUGUUGUUAGUCUGGCGGUAAUGCCGGAUGAGGGAGUGAGAAUGCCUAAAAUAACAAAUCAACAACCUGCAUUAGUUGGGGUUACGUCGAAUGUAAUGGAGGAGUAUGAUCCUGCUAGACCUAAUGAUUAUGAGGAGUAUAGAAGAGAGAAGAAGAGGAAGGCUGUGGAAGCUGAAAUGAAUAAGGAGAUUGAGAGACGACGGCAAGAAGAAGAGGAGAGAGAGAGGGAGAGGGAACAAAGAGAAAGGGAAGCUGCCGAGAGAGAAACGGAAAGGGGUUCUAAUGAAUCAAGUUCAAGACCAGCGACAUUGAAUAUAUCUGGUGAAGAAGCUUGGAAAAGAAGAGCAGCAAUGAGUGGGAAUAUGGGUGGAUCAUCUGCACCGAGAUCACCAUCUCCGCCCUCUAAGGGGGAUGGAGGGUUUAGUAUUGGGAAGUCAGGGUCUGUUGGGUUAGGUGUUGGAGCAGGUGGGCAAAUGACUGCAGCACAAAAGAUGAUGGCAAAGAUGGGGUGGAAGCAGGGUCAAGGACUUGGGAAACAGGAGCAAGGGAUAACUACUCCUUUGAUGGCAAAGAAAACAGAUAGACGAGCUGGUGUGAUUGUAAAUGCUAGUGAACCUAAGUCAGAGAAGAAACCAAAGAGUGUCAACAUUAACGGUGCACCUACUCGUGUUCUCUUACUCCGGAAUAUGGUGGGCCCUGGGGAGGUGGAUGAUGAGCUAGAAGAUGAGGUAGCAUCAGAAUGCGCCAAGUAUGGAACAGUGACUAGGGUCCUGAUUUUUGAAAUUACAGAGCCAGACUUCCCAGUAGAUGAGGCAGUCAGGAUAUUUGUGCAGUUCGAGAGAUCAGAGGAAACUACCAAGGCACUUGUUGAUCUUGAUGGUCGUUUCUUUGGUGGAAGAGUAGUUCGUGGCACAUUCUUUGACGAAGAGAAGUUUGGUAAGAAUGAGCUGGCCCCAGUAGCUGGGGAAAUUCCAGGUUACACUUAAAAAGGAAACCUAGAAAGAAGAACAACGCAUCCACAGUGAUAACUCCUUUACUCCUCUGGGUAUCGAAAGACAUGUAGAUGAUCAUAAUUUGAUGGUUAUCUUGAUGCAGACAAGCUGAUGAAUAUUCGAAAGCACAUUUACUGUUCAAAGACUGCUUGAAAUUCCGAAGGCAACAAUCUUGAUGCUACAUUGUUGUUCAGGAUAUGCAUUGCUGUAUAAGACAAGACAAGUCUGUAAGUGUACUUCAUUUUCUUCAAAAAGAUUUUCAGAAAAUCAGCAGAACAUUGUUAACUAGUAUGAGCUCUUUAGCGAGGGCACAUUUAUGUCUACUUGUAAACAAUCUGCUAUUAUAGAAUUUUGGUAGACCUUUGGGAAUGGACUGUUUCUCAUGUUUGUUGUUUCUGUAAGUUCUUCUAUUGAUCAUAUAGACCUUUUCCUUGCAACCACCACAUAUGCAAUGUAUGCUAUCAUUAUAUAAUGUUGCUCAAACAUUAUGUCUGCUUGAUAGUUUUGUGAAUAAGAAGUUUAUGAUCUGGUAUUUGUCCCCUA